AAUAUACAAAGGACAACCCUUUAAAAGAAAAAUAAGGAAUCACCAAAUCAAUUUUUUUUUUCUUUAUAAAAAAAUCAGAAUUUAAAAAACAAAUAUAUAAACUCUGUAUAUGGGUGCGAAAUUACACACAAAGUGAGCAUUUUAUAAAUAAAAAUGAUCAUUUAUCUAUUAGAAUUACAAAAUUGCCAUUGGGUAUACGUAGUUACGUACGCCUAGUUUGCUCUCAAAGUCUAUCUUUCUUCCCCAAUGUUCCAUUUUCUGCGGGAAAAAACAAACAAACAAUAGAUCAAACAUUUUUUUCUUCUCUUUAUUUCUUUCUUCUUAACUUAUCAUGGUUUCAUCAAAUAGAUAAAGUAAAUGCUGAAUCUUAUCCUUGUUUUUCUAUCAAACAUACAAAUUCAUACCACCCACAUUUGAUUUUUUAAUUCACAAUUCAUAUCUUUUUUAUUCCUUCUGAUUAUUAUUUCAUGGUGGCUUUACCACCCACAUUUGAUUUUCUGAUUCAUAAGGUUUCAGUUUCAUUAAAGCAUUACCUGCUUGAAAUCGAAACAGAGGUUUGGUUGGUUGGCUGCAUUAUUAGAACAACGGCAAUAUUUGAUCUUUGAUCAGAUUAUACAUUAACCUUAUUGGUUAGUUCAUAAUAUAUAUUGAUUUGGGCAUUCGAAAAGCAUGAGCUGUUUUUCGUGUUUUACUUCUCAUGAUCAAAGGAACGCUUCCAAGAGGCUUAGCAGCAAAAGAAAUGAUAUUCGCCUCCCCGAUGAUCGUCAUCAAACCAAGCCUGGUUGGUUAGCCUAUAUACAAGUCUCUAUUCAAACAACCUUUCUUCAGAAAAUAUAUAAAUACAAUCUAACAUAUAAAGUCUUUGUCAAGAUAGAAACUUUUAGUUUCACUUUACCUUUCUGAUGACAAAGAGGGUAUUGACUUUUUCUUUUUGAAUUGUAGAGAGCAAAAAGAAGCCUACUGGAGAAGCGACAAAUCCGAAAAGCGGCAACAAUAUUGCAGCCCAAACAUUCACCUUCAGAGAGCUGGCAGCUGCCACAAAGAACUUUCGGCAAGAAUGUCUGAUUGGUGAAGGCGGAUUUGGCCGCGUUUACAAAGGUCGCUUGGAGACAACUGGCCAGAUUGUAGCAGUGAAACAACUGGACCGGAAUGGAAUGCAAGGAAACAAAGAGUUUCUGGUUGAGGUGUUCAUGUUGAGCCUUCUACACCAUCCGAACCUCGUGAGCUUAAUCGGGUAUUGUGCUGAUGGAGACCAAAGACUUCUGGUGUAUGAGUACAUGCCUCUGGGAUGUCUGGAAGACCAUUUACUUGAUCUUCAUCCAGACCAAGCUGUAUUGGAUUGGCCAAAGAGGAUGAAAAUCGCGUUACACGCAGCCAGAGGCCUGGAAUAUUUGCACGAAAAGGCUAACCCACCGGUGAUUUACCGUGAUUUGAAGUCUUCAAACAUAUUACUAGACAAGGAGUUCAAUGGAAAGCUUUCCGACUUCGGGUUGGCCAAGGUUGGACCUGUAGGAGAUAACUCUCAUGUUUCUUCGAGAAUAAUGGGAACAUAUGGUUACUGUGCUCCGGAGUAUCAAAGAACGGGUCAUCUAAGUGUCAAGUCGGAUGUUUAUAGCUUUGGUGUUGUUCUGUUGGAAUUAAUCACAGGAAAGAGAGCAGUAGAUCCUAUGAGAAAAGGUCAUGAGCAAUUGUUGGUUGCUUGGGCGGAGCCUUUGUUUAGAGACCAUAACAGAAUAUUUGAACUUCUUGACCCACAUUUAAAAGGAAACAUACCAAAGAAGAGUUUUAGGCAGGUGGCUGCAAUAGCUUCAAUGUGCUUGGAAGAAGAUCCUGAAGUAAGGCCAUUGAUGACAGAUGUAGUAAAUGCUCUCAAUCAUCUUUCAGAAGGGCUGCAAAGUGGAUCAGACGAUUCUCCGGUGGAGCCUCGGUCAGAGAAUGAGAAUCAUGACAAUGGAGUAUCCGCAGAAGAACGACAGAAAGCAGUUGCAGAGGCUAUAGAGUGGGGUGCAAAUUCAAGAAACCACAAUGAAUGACUAUUCACUCUUCUGAACACUUUCAUAUAUGUUCUCUGGGAUUUCCCUAAUUUGGAUGGAAAGAAAAGAGCAUUUUCCUAUUGUAAAUAUGAACAUCUUCCUAUUAUAAUGGACUAUAAACAUUUUUCUUUUGUUUGUGCAUCACUCAUUCACUCCCAUCUAGAGCCUUGUUACGCCUGACGCACCAUAAAUUUGAAACAUGACUAUAUUUUUGUAUUAAAAAGCUAUGCAAGGAAUUACUAAAAAUCUUUAUGCUGGACUACCGACUACCUUUUAUUUUUUCUAGUUACGGCGCCACAACUACCAUAUGUCCCAUUGUAACAUCUUGUCCUAAAAAUAUGAAUGCUUCUUAAUUUGAACUUUACUAACCUUUACUUUCCAAUUUGUAUCAUUUUUCUUUAAAAUUGUUGAUGUACUUUUCUCGUAAAAGAUGAGUUAUUGAAGGAAUAAAUAAGACGAUAUAGCGUGUUGUGGACCUCCUACGAAAUUUAAAAAUGAUGAUUUAACAAACUUGUUGAGGAUCGAUUCCGUCACCGGAUUCCGGCUCAGGCAGUCCGGACUUCGGUUUUCCGGUUGUCUCUUGUGCACUCCUAAGCUAAGGGAGCAACACACCUUUCUAGCCUCGCCAACACCUCACUUCUACUCACUUCUACUCACUAUCCAGUUCUGACAUAAAGGAAAUUCAAGGAGGAAGAAGACUGGUUUGAGUGAAGUAUCUCUCUGUACGCUCCAC